AUGCACCAAGUGCCCCGACCUCCGUCAGACUGUUUUAACACGGCACUCUCGGACCACUGCGCUCCAGUUUCCGAUACCAAUCGAGCCGUUCGAGUACCUCCCACCAAAAUGGCAACAGAAGGGGAGCCCAUCACGGACAUCUCGUCCAGACCCCUGUCAGAUAUGGACAACCGGUCCGACACGACCGACGACGACCUUUCACCCUCCCUCGCGACGACACAAUCGUACGCUUCAGUGCCCUCCCUCCGCCCGACCCUCGAUAAAUCCGGUAUUACUGCGUCGUCGACACAUCUCGGCCAACUCAACGCCGCCCGCCGCGGUGCGGGAACCCCUCCUCGUCCACAAGCUUCAAUGAGCGGCGCGCAACCUGGAGGAUUGAAUCAAGAUAUUUUAGCGAAGAUGAAGGCUUUCUCCUUGUCCCGACAGGGCGCCCCACCCUCUUUGGCGCAUGCCAAUACGACUGGCUUGGUGCCCAGGGCCUCUCCGUCGGUGUCGGGCGGAAGUCCCGUCUCAGGACAACCUUCUCCAGGCGCAAAUGGCCCCUUAGCAGGUGCUCUUGCCGGCCGUUUACCCCCCGGCGCUGUUCGUCCAACUACUAAAAACUGGGUCUCGUCGCCUUCCGUGCCUCAUGGGUCUCCCGGUGGCAGUUCUCCCAAGCCCGGUGGUCUGGCCGCGAAACGCCAGCCCGCCAACGGCGGACCUGCUCCUACAGAAACCGCAUUUAGCAAAUAUUCGGAAUUUAUCGAUACAAAAUCGGGGACGCUAAAUUUCAAGAACAAGGCUAUCCUCCACGGUGGCGGUAUCGAAUUCUCAUCAGGUCACAGUUUCAGCAUCUCCUUAGACGAGGUCGAUCGUCUGGACGAAUUAGGCAAGGGUAACUACGGGACAGUGUACAAGGUUCGCCAUAGCCAAGGUAAUCUUUCUGGAGUCGUCAUGGCGAUGAAAGAGAUUCGCCUGGAAUUGGACGAGAGCAAGUUCGCUCAGAUUAUCAUGGAAUUGGAGAUUCUUCACCGCUGCGUGUCCCCAUUCAUUAUCGACUUCUACGGUGCCUUCUUCCAAGAGGGUGCCGUCUAUAUCUGCGUUGAAUACAUGGAUGGCGGCUCGAUCGACAAAUUAUACAAGGAGGGAAUUCCCGAGAACAUCCUUCGCAAGGUAGCAUUAUCCACUGUCAUGGGCUUGAAGACCCUCAAGGACGACCACAAUAUUAUACAUCGCGAUGUCAAGCCCACAAACAUCCUCGUCAACUCCCGCGGACAAGUCAAGAUCUGCGAUUUCGGUGUGAGCGGCAACCUGGUCGCUAGUAUUGCCAAGACGAACAUUGGCUGUCAGAGCUACAUGGCCCCCGAGCGCAUUGCAGGUGGGGGUGUGCAGCAGUCCGGAGCAAGUGGAGGCGGAACCUACAGCGUCCAGAGCGAUGUCUGGAGCUUGGGCUUGUCCAUCAUCGAGUGUGCCAUUGGUCGGUAUCCAUAUCCGCCCGAGACAUUCAAUAACAUCUUCAGCCAGCUACACGCCAUUGUUCACGGUGACGCGCCCACACUCCCCGAAACGGGCUACUCUGAAGAAGCACACUCCUUUGUCCGCGCGUGCUUGGACAAAAAUCCGAACAACCGUCCAUCGUACAGCAUGCUCCUUCGACAUCCCUGGCUGUCGUCGCUCAUGCAGCCUCCCACAAACACCGACGCUGAUGAUGCACCCAACGGCUCGGCGAAGGAGGGUGCGUCCAAUGUAACGGAAGAUGAGGAAGUGGCGGCGUGGGUCAAGGAACAGCUAGACCGUCGCCAGCGCGGCUUGGUUCAAGACGCAAGCAAGCCUGCACUACACGCCGUCGCCCUGGAUGCCGUUCCUGGGAGCCCCCUCCUUGAUGACCCCUCCACUAUUUCCGCUCAAUGUUAA